AUGGCGGCGCCGGAGACGGAGGUGGUGGCGGCGGCGGGUCCCGCGUCCGGCCCUGAACAGGUACCGGCCGCAGAGCCCCUUUCUCCGUCGCCCCCCUCGCGGGAGCUGCCGCUCGGCGGCUCUCCUUUCCCUGCGGGGGGGCAGUAGCCCCUCACGCCGCCCUCCUUUUGCCCCUCCCGCGGGCAAGGAGGGGGGGCUAGGUCCCCUCAUGCCCCAGCCCCGCCCCUCUCGCCAGUCACGUGACGCCCUUCUCCCUACCCCAGAAAAAAAAUAUUAAUUGGCCUCCAGGGGCGAUUGCCCACCAUGCCCCUUCUCCAGGUCAGCUCUUUUUCUUAUUUAUCUCACUCAUAUAUAUAUAUAUAUAUGCUGCUUUUUAUUUAUUAUUAUCGCCUGCAUUUUUCCUCCCAAGACGCCAGGGGUGGGGUUGUUUUUUGGGGUGGGGGUGGGGAGGAGGGGUCCACACACGCCCAGCCCCCGUUUUAUUCUCAGCCGGGCUCAGAGAGGCUUAUGGCACGAGUGAGCAAGGGUCGCAACCCUGUGGUUAUAGCACGCCCUCCGCCUGCAGAGAGUCCCUAAGUUCCGUCUCUGGCACCUCCAGGUAGGUCUGGGAAAUGCACCUGCCCCGAGACCUCGGAGAGGUGCUGCCAGCCCGUGUAGGCAGUACUGAGCUGCAUGGGCCAAUGGUCCGACCAGGCGCAAGUCGGCUUCUGAAAGGGCCCCUCUCAACCUUGAGGGUCGCUAGAUGUUCUUGAACUAACAGCUCCCCAUCAGCCCUGACCGGCCAUGUCGCCUGGGAACGAUGGGAUUUGUAGUCCGACAACGUCAGGCACCCAAGGUGGAGGAAGGAUGUUGUGAAGUGGUAAAAAUCACUCCUGGUGCGUUUGGUAACCCGAAUCACGUCAGGUUCAUUUAUAACCUGCUUUUCCUUUAAGGAGACAAAGUGGCAUGUGUGGUUCUUGCUCGCAAAUAUGCAGUUUUACCUUCACAACAGCUGUGUGAGGUAGGUUAGGUUAAGCAGUAGCGACUGGCCCUGAAUUCCUGAAGGAGCCUCAUGGCCUAGUGUGGAUGGGAGCUUAAAUUUAGGAAGCAUAAGAAGAUAGCAAGAUGACAUUCCAACUCAGACACUUAGUUCAUCAGCUCAGUAUUCUUUAUACUGACAGGCUGUAGAGUCGCAGACAGGACUCUUUCCUAGAAGCUACAGAGUGAAACUGGACCUGCAUACAAAUCCCCAGAAUAUGAGCCCGGGUUUCAUCAUUCUGUAUAGCUGCGCAAGUGGCAGUUUGUACCCUGCGUCUUGCCACACUUCUAUACCCGAAAAGUGUAUAAAUCCUUAAUUCUUGGGGACCUGGUUCACCUGUAGUUUCAUCACUGGUAUAUAUUUGCUUCAGGAAGGAAGCUUUUGCCACUUGUCAGGCACAAUUUGUAGUAAAACGAGUUGCCCAAAUUGCCUCAUGGAAACCAUGCAAUGAACUUUAUGAUUAAAUGAGGAGUCAACCAUUUGUCUCUCUGUUCAAUGUCCCACACUAGCCACUCCUUCCUUCUUGGAUGUGUCACACAGUGUUGCUUCAGCCUCAACACCCCACUUCUCUUGGGUACACCUCCACCCUUUUGAUCUGGCAUCCAUCUUGUUCCCUUGACUUAGAAAUUCUCGCCUGACUCUGUCCCUUGUUAGAUAGAUCUGAUUUCUCUGGUGUAUGCCAAGGAAUCGCUUUCAUCUCAAUGCCCCCCUCUGGGUAGUUAUCUUUCUUCUCCUAAUUGGUCUCAUUAGCAAAUUGCUCCUGCCUUUAUCCCCCAUAAAGAACCAACAAGUUCUGACCCAGAUAGUUCUCUUGGCCCUUGCCCCCCAUCCUUUAUGACAAUCUACAUUUCUCACUGUGCUCUGCUUUUCUUGGCUGGUUUCCUCUCUUGUCUCCAACUGACUUUCAUGUUUCUUCCAGUUUCAGACCGUGGUUCCUCUUCCCCAAUCUCCUUGACUGUACUGUCAAAAGCAUUUUGUCCCUGAAAUUUACAGGUGUCACUCUGUUUUCUCCAUCUAGGCUAAGAGUUCACCUGCCAUUCCUUUCAACAUCACUAAUUUCAGAGCUUCGUACUUCAGGAAUUGUUUCUCUUUUUUGAGGAAUUUGUCUUUGGGUUCCCUACUAACGUUUUUUCCCCCUCCUCUGUCCUCCUCCUAAGUUAAAUUUCCUCUUUGAGUAGCUGCCCUUUCUGCCUUCUCUCCCCCCCCCCCCAUCUGAUUCUCAUACCUUUCUGUAGGGGAAACAGAUGCAUGAGCAUGCAGUUACUUUUUUCAUCUGUUAGAUGCUUCCCCUUAACUGCAUCUAAUCUGCUUUUGCAGGUAUUUUCCUCUUUUAUCUGUAAGGAGAUGUGGCUUUCAUGGGGAAACUUGACAUCAUGAUCUCUCCUCUCCCCAAUUGUCUGUUGAUUCUGUGAAUAUUACACACAGUGCCCAAAAUUUGUCUCAUUCUAGACAGCAGUGCUCUCUCAUCUACUACCUAUUCUAGAUGAAAGCGCUUAUUUUCCCCCUGUGUGGAGUCUCAUCUCACUCAAAGCCAGUAAUUCCUGCACAGAUUGCUGUGACACAUUUGUGUGUUGUGAGAUGUAAUAAAUAAAUAGAAUCAUUAUAAUUUGCCAUCAGCUCAAAGCACUCAGCCCAUAGUGCCUGCUGGGUACCUGCGUGAUUCUUUGCUCUACCCUUACUUACAUCCACUCCUUCCUGGGGAAGGACAUUUGUGGCCCAUCUCAGCAUUGGAUGUGAUUGGAUCAUUCAGUUGCUCCUGAUGCAGAGAUGAAGGGAGUCUGUCCGUUGCAUCUCUGUGAGUUACUGCUCUGAGCUUACAUUGAGAAGAAGCACUUGUAGAACAGUGACUUGUCUCAAACGCAGGUGAGCUCUUCCAAGUGUGGGAAAUUCUUAACACUUUCAUUUUCUGAAAGCAAACCACUUCAGGUGUGUCUCCAAUUAUAAUUUAGGGAAGUAAGCUCUAGCUAUCAGAAGCUUAGGUAACAGUGCGCAGAGUGUUGUUGGCUACAGGUGCUUGGGGUGAGAGGAUGGGGGGGCUCGGGAAUUCCCAUUCCACACCUUGUUUUUCCACCGUUUGCUGGGAAACAGCCCACACAGGGCCCGCAAUCCUUUUGUUGGGCUGCCAUCCAUGUGUUAAAAGCAGUGUUACCUUUUAGUGUCCUCCCCACGCCUCACCUUGGGAUUCCCCAGGUACAUUUACCACUUGGAUCAUUCUUGCUACUUCCCUUUUAUCCCCACCCUCUUUUACCAUCUAGAUUUUUACAUAAUAUCUUUGUGAUGAAAUCUGUCAAACACAAUCUGCCAUUUUAAAUAAAUGAUCUAAAAAUAAACUUGAAUCCAGAAUCAAAGCCUUAAUUCUCUCAACAAUGUUGAAUGUGGAUGAAGAGGCUCAUAUUUUGGCCCUCCACCAUUAGUUUCCUGAAAGGAGAUUGAAUCAUAGAAUUGUAGAGUUGGAAGGGAACCCAAGGAUCAUCUAGUCCAACCCCCUGCAAUACAGGAAUUGUUUUUUAAAAGCAGAUCUUAUUUAUUAAUUUUUCACAAAGAAAAAAUAUAUGCAAAUUUUAACAUAAACCAUGUUACUUUAUCAAUUGACUUUCUGUCCUCCCCUUCCAUGGUCUCCAUAUUUACCCAUAAAUGCUACAUAUUUCGCCUAUACUAUUCAAUACAUUUAAUUUAACCUAUUUAUCUUAUUCACCCUGUUGCUCAUAUUUCAAAUCCUGCUCGUUUUUUCAUCUUGCUAUAAUAGUUCUUUAAAUACUCAAUAACAAUACAGGAAUCUUUUGCCCAACAUGGAUUGGGGUGCUUUAAGAGUGAAGAACUGAGAUGAUAAUUUGAUUUGUCUUUAAAUUCAAAUGUAGUACCGAAAAGAAUUUGCUGGCUUAAAUAUUCACUUAAUGUCAUGGGCUUACUUUACUGACCCUGCGUGCCUGUAGGGAGAGACUGGGAACAUGAAUUGAGUUUCUCAUCUGAAAAAUUGGAUUAAAAGUGAUGAGGUGCUUUUCUUCUGGGCAAAUUUGAAUAACAUAAAUCAUGUAUGCCUUUCCCUCAGAUCAGAUCCUCAUAAGAAUUAGUGAUUAUGUGUUUUCUCCUAAGUACUCAAGGAACUUUGCAUAUGUUGUUUCAGUAAUUCAUAGAACAACCCUGUAAGAUAAGCUAGUGAAAACUGGUUGGGGCUAGUAUAUAGAUUGACUAGUUGCUUUUAACACAAUCCUUAAUUAAAAGGUCCUACAUAAAUUUAGCAGCGAUGAAGUAAGAGGGCAAAUUCUUUUUUGCAUCAGCAGCUGAUUAAAGAUUAGGUUCUGGACCAUAGGAGAGUAACUGCAUAGUUUUUAUAGUAGGGGUUAAUAAACAAUGGGAUCUGUAUUAAGACUAGUACUAUUUAACAUUUAUAAGUGAUCCUGUAGUCAGAUUUGCAGAUUAUUCAUUGCUUUUUAUGUGGUGCUUGCCUGCGUUUAGUUGAACCCCACCUUUCUAAAUACAAUGAAAUAAAUAGCAAUUGAUGAAUAACCAGAGUAGGAAUAACCCAAGCAGCCUGCAGAGAGUCCCAAAAGCGUCUCUGCAACUAGGUAAAUGGGAAUGAAAUGACAAAUGAGAUUUUCUCUUAAGUGAGUGUAAAGUGAGGCACCCACAGGUAGAAAAUCUUAACCACAUAGAAACAUGGGGGUCUAAAGUGUCUGUGACUAUCUAUUAAUAUAUCUUGGGGGGAGGGGGUCAUUGCUGAUAACUAAAUGAAAAUGUCAACAGGGUGAGGUUGUGGUAAAAUAGCAAACUCAAGAAUGGAUGGGGAACAAAAUGGCCACUGCUUAAUGCCCUUCUAUAAAAAGAUGCUGAGCCCACCUUUGGAAUAUCCCAUACAGUUUUCUCACACACCCACCCCCCCAAAAAAAUCUCAAAAGACAUAUUGGAGAAAUGGAAGAAGUGCAGGUAAGGAGAGCCAAAAUGAUCACGGGGUUGACAGGCCUUUGUUGUUUCAGAAAAGACAAAAUUAUUUGUGACUUCCUUGUUCAGAAAAAACAAUGGGGCAGUGAGAGAUGUUUAUGAAUGGGGAAGGGAGAGGACAGAUAAAUUUUCCUUCCCAUCCCGUAAUACUAGAACUAAAGGGUAGAUGAAAUAGAUGGUAGUCAAUUCAGGACAGAUAAAAAAACAUAGGGCAGAAUUAACUUACAACAGGCGAGGACUGAAGACUUUUGAAAAUUCAAGCAGACAUUUCAACCAAAGUUUGAUUUUCUAUCUACUUUUUGUACUGUAUCAUUGCCAACCUCCUAGUGAUAACUAUAGUUAAGCAGUAUAUAAAUUGUUUAAAUACAAAGAAAAUAAAAAUAAUACUCUAAUUCAUGGCCUGCUUGUGGCUUCCUGGAAGCAUCUGCCUGGCUGCUGCUGGAAACGUUGAUGGGCUCGACGGCCUUGAUGCAGCUGGGCUCUCCUUACCCUGUUGCUGUUAUCCUAUAUUUCAGAUGGCAGACCAAGGCUGAAGGAUGGCGCCUUACGAACUUACGGCUGAGUUGAGAUUUGAAAUGGGAGUUAUUAAAACCAGAUUUCAAGCUCUCCUCCACUGUGCUAUCCCAGCUCAUUGUUGUACAGCACUUUGCAUCUAAUUAAAAAUCUUGUUUUCCGGGAAGCUGAACUCAUUCCUGUCCCAAGAGGAGGGGGGCUUCCACAAAAGUGUCUCUUUUUUUAAAAAAAGAAGAGUUUGAACCUCUUGGCUUCUUAUGACAAAUGACUUUUGCUGAUUUCCAUCUUCCCGUUUUUCUCUCCACCUCUAUAGCAAGUGACCAGCAAUGGAACUGCAGCGGGAGGUGAAGCGGUUGCUGAGACCCAGCAGCAGAACCAGCCCCAACAGCAAGCUCCAAAUGCAUGGCAGGUCAUCAAAGGAGUCUUGUUCAGGUGAGAUCUCGACUGCUCCAGAACUGCCGCGUUGUCAUCCUGGGUGUGUAUAUAUAUCACACUAGAGGGUGGGGUGUGUAUGUGUAUUUGGUGUUUGUCCUUAAAUCACUUGCGCUUGGACUUACAUGUCCUGGGUCAAGUUCCUGUACUUCUAUGAAAGCAGCCAAUACUCACUGUUUUCAUGCAUCUGCAGGGCAAGACCCAGAAUAACUGGUGUUUCUAUACCGCUUCAGUUGAUUCCAAGUACUUUUUGAUAUUUUAAAUUUUUAAAUAUUUGUAUCCCAAUUUUCCAACAGCGCUGCUGCGCUCAAAGCAGCUCACAGUAACAACAAAAGCAUUAAAAAUUAGCAAACGUUUCAGCCGAUCAUAAUCCUGUCGAAAACACAAGAGCAUACAAAGCAAAAGCAAACACGUUCAGCAGACAAUACGAACUCAAGUGAUCAGAAAUGGCUUCUGAGCACCAGCCCUGUGCCAGCAGAUGUGCUCUUUCUUUGCAAACAUGAUCUCAGCCAUUCUUGCGACACCCCAGACACCCACACUGCGAAUUGGCGAGGGGAUACAGUGGUACCUCGGGUUAAGUACUUAAUUCGUUCCGGAGGUCCGUUCUUAACCUGAAACUGUUCUUAACCUGAAGCACCACUUUAGCUAAUGGGGCCUCCUGCUGCUGCCGCCGGAGCCCGAUUUCUGUUCUUAUCCUGAAGCAAAGUUCUUAACCUGAAGCACUAUUUCUGGGUUAGCGGACUGUGUAACCUGAAGCAUAUGUAACCCGAGGUACCACUGUAGUGGCUUGACUGUGGCCGUCCAGUUAAGUUUAUGAAAGAGGCGGUAUUUGAACUAGGGGCUUACACUGACUCCUGUCUUGGCCUCCUAGGCACACUGUCUCAGCUGCAUAGCACUAAAUGACCAACCUAAAGCCUGUUUCUCCAAGGUGAGCUGAAGUGCCUCUGCCUCUCACCUUCAGCUCAGAUCCUCUGAAUACCCAAGGAGCAUCCUGCACUGGGAGCACCCAUUGGUGCACGGUAAACCAGUAUUCUUCCACCUCCCCGGAUCACCUUGGAGCUAGAAAAGGGAAGUGGAGCCGUGUGGGUUUGGCUCUGUGCCAGCAGGGCUUCUGAGCUCAGAGAGCACCCAUCAUUACGUGCAGAGACAGAGGAACCAGUGUGCCUAAGGAGUGCAGGCAGGCAGAGCAAUCUGAUGCGCCUCCAUUCCCCCUCCUGGCUUUUCAGGUGCAAGCCGAAGCGUGGCAUGCAGAGGUCCAUCACCUUCACUCUGGGUUUAUAGGCUCAGGGCUUAUUUUCUGCUCUUGGCCUGGAGCUGAAAAGAAGGAACAGAUUUUUCUCUGAUCCUGUUCUACAUUCCAGACAUAGGAACCUAGGGAGCUGCCUUAUACCGAGUCAGACCCGUGGUCCAUUUAGCUCAGUAUUGUCUGGACUGGCAGGCAGAUUCCCAAGAUAUUCAGAAGGGGUUCUCUCCCAGCCAUACCUGAAGAUGUUGGGGCUUGAACCCAGAACCUUCUGCGUGCAAAGCAGAUGCCCCACCACCGAACUACACUUUCCCCCUUAAUAAAAGGGGCAUCUUGUCCUUUGGAAGGUGUGUGUUUGGUGGGGAGAGGUGUCCUUUUUGGUUAGUCAGAAUUUGCCAGCCCCUGGUCCGGAUGGUUAAAAACUGCAGCUGGAGGCUUGCAUGAUUGAAUUCUCCACCAUGCAAGAAACAUUCCCUACAGAUCAAUCUAACAGCAAUAAAACUAACAUGCUGGGACGUCAGCUGGGCUAGACCAGACCUCUGUCAUCUUCUUCACUGCUCUUCUGCAUGCAGAAAGUUAUUCUAUAUGGAGGACAGUAAGCAGCUUCCCUCCGCCUGCAGUUUGAAGUAGCGCAUUGAAGAAACAGGCUUUACGUGCUGUUUCAUGAGACCUAAGAGCCAUGGCUUUAUGUCCUUGUGAACACGGUGGUCUUCCUCCAAGUGAUUAGUAUGUAGGUAGUGGCCUGUAUGCAGAAUCAGACCAUUGGUCCACCCAGCUCAGUAUUUGUGUGUCCCCCGACUGGGAGAAAAAAAUAAAAGCUCCCAUGUGAGAGUGGGGAGGAUCUUCUAAUUUCUGUGUGAGACAAGGGUUAAGAACUACCUUUUGAGAGAGUAGGAUUGUAUUUUCUCUUUCUUUACUUUAUAUUUCUGUGAAAAAAGCUUUAGUAAAAUCUUAUUUUUAAGAAAGAAUUUGUCUACAACAGCCUUCUUCAGCUUAGCAAUGUGAGACAGCCAGUGUGGUGUAGUGGUUAAGAGCGGUAGACUCAUAAUUUCGUGAACUGGGUUCGCUUCCCUGCUCCUUCACAUGCAGCUGCUGGGUGACCUUGGGCUAGUCACACUUCUCUGAAGUCUCACCUCACAGAGUGUUGGUUGUGGGGGUGGAAGGGAAAGGAGAUUGUUAGCCGCUUUGAGACUCCUUAGGGUAGUGAUAAAGCGGGAUAUCAAAUCCAAACUCCUCCUCCUCCUCCUCCUCCUCCUCCUCCUUCUCUUCCUCUUCUUCUUCUUCUUCUUCUUCUUCUUCUUCUACUAGCACCCUCCAAAUGUUUGGGGCUAGAACUCCAAUGCUGGCUGUAGCCCAAACCCACAUCGGGGUUUGUACAUCUACAAACUGGAGAGCCAGAAGUGGUGCAGCAGUUAAGAGUGUUGAACCUAGGACUCAGGAGUCCAGGGUUCGAAUCCCCACUCAGCCAUGAAGCUCACUGGGUGACCUUGGACCAGUCACUGCCUCUCAGCCUAGCCUACCUCACAGGAUUGUUGUGGGGAAUUAAAUGAGGGGAGGGAGAACCAUAUAUGCCAACUCUGAGCUCCUUGGAAAAAAGGCUAGUUACAAAUAAUAAAAUAUCUGGAGGGCGGCAAGGCGAGGAAGGCAAGUGAAGCCUGUCAGGGGCUGUCUGGGAUUUCAUCCAGCGUCUUUUACUGCUCUCUUUGGAAAUGCCAGGGCUUGAACCUUGAACCUUCUGCAUACGAAGCAGCAGAGUUAAGAGUCCUUCCCCUUUCUAGAAGGAAGGGCGUGCGUGGGGCCAGCCUAUAGGCUUGUGCCAAAGUGUGUUCAGUAAAGUAUUAAGCUGAUUGCUACCCUAAUUAACUUUUAAGUUAAGCACCUCUUCUCUAAGUUUUGGCGGCAUCUUUCCAGGGCAGAGGUCCCCAUAAGGCUUUUAACACCAGUCAUUAGAGCCAGCUCUUUUGUCACUUGGGAUCUCGAUAGUUUGGUUUAUGGAUGAGACUGCGGAGAGAAAUGUCUGUGCUUUGACGUCUGUGUUUUGUGUGAGUUAAGGCAACCAGAGCCUGAUGCAAAGUGAGGCGCUGGGCUUCAGGAAGGAAGUGCCUGGCGGUGGCAGGGUCCUUCCCAAAGCUGGGAAAGCACAGACUAGGCUUUGGGAAGGAGGAGGGAGAACUCUAGGAUCCUGUCAGGGCCCUUAUGCCUCCUUCCCAAAACCCAGUGCAGCGUCAAAUGUUGCUGAGGGCCUCUCUAAAAAGGUUUUGAGGGCCACAAGUGGCCCUUGGGCUGCGUGUUGAACCACCCUGGUCCAGAAGUUGCUGGACCACAGCUCCAGUCAUCAAGCAGGUGCCUUCCCUGUACUCGUUUUGGCGCCUGCUAAAAAUGUUCUUGUUUAGACUUGCCUACCCAAACCCUUAAGAAAGCUGAGCUACAUUUAUUUAUUUAUUUAUUUAUCAUAGGAUUUUGUAAUAUAAACAAUAAUCAAGCAACAUUCCACAUUUAACGUUCAGUUAAACAACUUGGGACUUCUCCCUCCAGGGAUUCCCAAAAAUUUCAAUUUGUAUACUGAUCACUCCAUGCCUUCACUUCUUCCCAAAAGAAAACUAGCCGCCAUCCUGAAAGGUUGAGGUGAUUUUAGUCUGUUUUAGCAUUUUAAAGUAUGGUUGUGAACAGUCAAGCGGUGUAUAAUUUUUAUGAAAUAAAUAAAUAACCAUUUCUGACCUUCGGCUGGGCUUCCUGGGGCUGAUGGGAGUUGGAGACUAACACCCUCUGGAGGACCACAACCUCCCCAUCCCUAGCAUAGGAGAAGUUGUGGCAUUGUAAUCCUGAGCUUAUUUACUCAGAGUGGCUCCCCGUCAAUAUCAGUGGGCCUUACUGCUGUAAGUAAGCAUGCAGCCUUCGACUUGCAGGGAGACGUCUUCCUAUCCUUCCAAAGGUCUCUCUCUGGGUUUUAUCAAAGGCUUCGUCCUCUUCAUGCUUCUCAAGCUGGAGAGCACAGGAGCGUGGUUGUGUUUCCUCCACUAUUCUCCUUUAGCUAAUGCGUGUGGAUCGAUGACACUCCUUAAUACGUUUGUGAUGGCCUCUUGGGGUUUUUGUGGCUUGUGGGGAUGAGGCCUACUGAUCUUUUUCAGGGUUGUGGUUCUCUCUUGCUGGUCGUGGUGGUGGUUGGUUCCCCAUCUGGCCUAUCCUUUAUGGUACUCCAGGAGUGCACAGAGCUUGAAGCAUGAGAAAAAUUUACAGCUGGUAUUGGGAAUCAAAGCAAAUUGAGAGCAGCAGCUUCAUCCAGGCAAAGGGCCUUCUCGGUAGUGUGCCCUCCCUAUGGAACGCCCUCCCUUCAGAUGUCAAGAAGAUAAAGAAUUACACAACUUUUAGAACACAUCUGAAGGCAGCCCUGUAUCGGGAAGUUUAUAAUGCUGGAUGUUUUAUGUUUUUAGAUAUGUUGUAAGCCGCCCAAGGGCAGUGCUAGAAAUCCCCUGGGCACCAGGCACAUUUUGCACCUAGCAUGGAUCCAAUUGUAAACAUGCAGAGAUCUCUGGGCACCAGGAUGGCAACUGACAUCUCCAUCGUGCCGACAAUAUACACAAUUCAUUUUCAGCUUUGUAAGCCAAGGGGGCGGCACCUAAACAUUCCAUUGUGGCACCUAGACAUUCCAUUGUGGCGGCCGUAACCUAGGUUUGAGGUGCCAUUUAAUGAGUAGCUUAGGUAUCCGAGUUUCUAACACUGUUCACGGGACGAGUAAUGGUUCCAGAGGGCUCUGAGAUAAGUUGAUCGGGUAGGGCGGAGUUGACUAAAUUGAGUAAUGCCGUUUCAGAUACUGCUCCUUUCGUGGCACUCGCCAUCUAGCCACUUGCCCAACAAAAUCGGCCCACGAAUAGCAUUAGCAGGAGCCAACCUUUUCUAACGCAUUCAGAUGUCCCCUUGAGAGCAAGGUGACCAGGUGGGAAAGAGAAGCCAGAGAGAGUUUGUGCCAUUUCUAAAGCCAUUAUUGCUUGGGAUGCUAUAUUGGCUCUUUGAGCUGUGUCAGCAAAACGUUUUGGCAUCUGUUCAGUACCAGCUGAGCGAUGAACUUCCGUAUGAUUAGAACGGUUAAAACAUUUCCAUUUAUUAAUGCAAAUCAGAUUGGAACAGGCUCGGCGCUGGCGUGUUCUCCCUCUUCCAGAAAUGGGCAAAUGCUGCAGUAAUGCACUUCCAAAAUUGUGGGUAUGCAAAAAAAAAAUCAUCUUUACUUGGCAAGGCCCCCACCCCACCCCGGCUGCUGAAAUUGAUCCAGAACAUUGCUUUGAAGUUGAACGAAAUAAUCCACCCUUCAUUGGGCUCAGCAUUUUCCAGAUGGUUGUGGCCCAUUUUAAGUGGGGAGCCUUAGAGGAAGUCGCAGAAUAGAAUAAAUGAUUCCAUUCUUUUAGUCUGGUAAUUCAGAACUGUUGACAACCAAGGAAAACAGGCUUUCCACAGGCAUUGCUGCCCCUCCUGCCACACAUGUCUUGGUGAGUCACCUGUGGCAAAAAAGGAAGUAAAAAAGGGUCCGAUUUUUGCAAAGCUUCCCUGCCGAAUCACCCAGCAAGGGCAAAUCUGAAGCAGAAACAGCUUAGCUAAUUAACCUCCUGGCUUAAAACUGAUUGAUUGGCCGGCUAGAUUUGUGUGUGUUUAUGCACUGUGAAAGCUCCUGAAGGAUAUUUGACAGGGGCGGUGGGGAAGAUCUUGAAGGAAGGUGACAUUGCCUCUUGGGUGCGUGAAUUUUAAAUUAAGAGAUACCGGUCAUUGUCUGAAGAAGAGCAAGGAAUCUGCAUUCCCUCCCCCCCGUUAGAUUUGGGAAGCUGGCAACACUGUCUGGCCCUCCUAGGUUUGUGAGUUACACAGAUGAUUCAUGAGGCAGCGGAAGCCAGCGGUGCUGUGGCUCUGUCUUCCCAGUUGGCUGGUUAUCUUCAGCUAUAAUUUUAAACACACUAGCCUGCGAAUGCCGGAAGAGACGUGCGUAGCUUCUCUGCAGAACCAGACGCGCUUAUAUAUGCAAGGCAGGGCGCCAGGGCAGGGGUCUGGGUCUCUGAGGUCCAUACAUUCCGAAGCAAGCGUACCUGAGAAGUAGAAUAAGCCGGUUGUGCAAGACGAUGGACUUGCCUCGUUAACCGUGUUGUGUGUGUGGUUUUAAUUAACUGUCCAUGAAUUCAGUAGAGCUUCUGCCAGUCUCUGGUACACUCCACCAUACAGGUAGCAUAUUCUCAGUAUACAGAAGUGAAGAGUGCCUUUUUCAGAAUGACGCCACAUGGCCAUGUUUUGUGCAUCAUCACGGGAUGGAGGGGAGGGAUUGCUACAAUUGCAUGAGAUUUGACCCCCCCAGACUCCCCAAAUCAUACCCACCUACCCCACACCUGAUGCAUGGGGUGGGUGGAAGGAAGAGACUCAGCUGCACAAAACUGGAUUGAACUCCCUGAGCAUCAUCUAAUGCAUGGGGAGUUCACUCCUGCUUGGUCACCUUGCCAGCCAAUGUUGCCAAGUGGGUGGAACUGCCCACCUGUCAAUCAUAUGACAUCAUGAGGCCAAACAGUUAGAAGGUGGGCGAUCCCACCCACCUGUGAUAGUUGGCCUGCCGGGUGGGGAGAGGAAGAUCUGGUCCACUGGGCUAAAAAGUUUUCCCAUCCCUUAUAUAAAUGAUCUGCAGUAAACCCAAAAGUUCUUCUGACGGGCGGGCAGUAUAAACAUAAGAAAGAAAGAAAAAAUUGAGUAAAUCCUCCGCCAAAGAAAAGUGAGGUUUCAAAGGGGGCCAAAAUGUAUUUAAAUUCCCACUCAGCUGGGAAGCUGUCCGAGUGACCUUGGGCCAUUUUCUACCUUCCAGCCUCACCUUCACGGGGUGGCCGUCUGAGGAUUAAAUGCAAGGAAACAAAACAUUGUUGCACUCCAAGUUCCUUGGAGGGGGAAGGCAGGAUACAAAAGUAAUUAUUGCUUUUAAGGAUGAUGAUGAUGAUGAUGGUGUAUUAUUAGACUGCUUGCCAAUCCUCAACACAGCAAGUGCUGAAACAGAUAGAGUGGUAUCUUGGGUUACGAACCUAAUUCGUUCCGGAGGUCCAUUCUUAACCUGAAACCAUUUUUAACCUGAGGCGUGCUUUCGCUAAUGGGGCCGCCCGCUGCUGCAGUGCCCCUGGCACGCGAUUUCCAUUCUCAUCCUGGGGCAAAGUUUAUACUACUUCCGGCUUAGCGGAGUUUGUAACCCGAGGUACCACUGUAUUACAAAGUUGAUUUGGAGGCAACUUAAAAGCGACAGCAAGUGCUCAAUGCGGAGCUUUUGUUUCCUUUGAGUUGGGGCAGUGGCAGUGCAUGCUCUUUGUGCGCACGUGUGUAUUAUUCACACAAAGCCCCGGACUAGUAUCUUUGCAUGUAAAAUAAUAACAGUGAAGAAGGUGCACAUCAAGAGGGGCGGUGCUUCCCUAGCAUGCCACAUUCCGUUCUGCUGAUGGUAUCUCUCCGCUGCCUCCCCAAAGGAUAUUGCAGAAGCAGAGUUAGCUCAGAUGGUAGCAUUGAAGCAAGGAGUCUAAUAGAAAGGGACACUGGGGGGGGGGGGCUGGGGUUUAAAUAAGAAAGGGCAGGAGGGAGGGAAGCCUGAGCUUCUCCUUUUCACCAAUUUGACACAGUGUAAACACAAUUUGCACUGUGUCAAAAACUGUAUGGGACGCGGGUGGCACUGUGGGUUAAACCACAGAGCCUAGGACUUGCCGAUCAGAAGGUCGGUGGUUUGAAUCCCCACGACGGGGUGAGCUCCCGUUGCUCGGUCCCUGCUCCUGCCAACCUAGCAGUUUGAAAGCACGUCAAAGGGCAAGUAGAUAAAUAGGUACCACUCCGGCGGGAAGGUAAACAGCGUUUCCGUGCACUGCUCUGUUUCGCCAGAAGCGGCUUAGUCCUGCUGGCCACAUGACCCGGAAGCUGUACGCCGGCUCCCUUGGCCAAUAAAGUGAGAUGAGCGCCACAACCCCAGAGUCGGCCACGACUGGACCUAAUGGUCAGGGGUCCCUUUACCUUUACCUUAUGGCCCCUGUGAACAAGCAGAGUUACGAUAUUUGACAAAUCUUUGGGAAGCUUCUUUUUAAUGUUGAGGCUGUUAGCAAUUUCUUUGUGCAGUAGCUGCCUCUAGAAGGAACGGCCAGCUUAUAACUGCAUCUUGUAUUGAUUCUCUAGUUUUCUCUCUCUCCGCCCCUCCCCAAAGGAUCUUUAUCAUUUGGGCCAUCAGCAGUUGGUUCCGUCGUGGGCCGGCACCACAGGAUCCAACCACCACUGGCGGAGCACCCAGGGCGCCCAGCCGCAAUCUCUUUCCUAAAGACACUUUAAUGGUAAGUGUGACCCGGAACUUGGGUUAGCUGGGCCCCAAAGUUUGCAAAGUGUAAACAAGUAUGCGCUCAGUAUGUAAAAGUACAAUUACGCGCCUGUAUGAUCUGGAUAAAAUUUUUGCAGCCUGUCGAACUGCAGCCUGCAGAAAUCACGGAAGCUGAGCAGAUUUGCAGAAUUUCUCUCAUUCUGUGUAUUGUGUUCUGCCAGUUUUACUGCACUGCAUAAAUUUUUUAUUGAAGCUUUUUUGACGCGACAGAAUUUUUAAAGGGGGAAAAGAGACAAAAGAAAAGAAAGAGGGCUUCCGAUUCUUCGUCUGUCAAUUACAUAAAAAAGAAUUAUUCAAAACAUUUGCUCCACGGCAUCAUCCGUUAGUUUUACUGUAUUGCAUCUUUUGUUCUGUCACCACCACUGGAAGUCUUCCACAGCAGCUCAUCUGCCACCUGAAAAUUGAGCAGGCAUUGCCCACGUGCUUUUCAGUGUACCUUUGCAGCCAUGAGGGUGGCUGGAAACUUGCUUUUUCUCCUGGAUGGAAGCUGUGAUUCCUGGGUAGCCGAUUUUCCCCCCCCUGCACUGCUGAGGGAUUGCAGUAAAUGCAUAGCCCUGAUCAUCAUAACAGUAAAGAAGCUGAACAUUUGCCUGGGUCUAUUCCUUUAUUAUAAGGGACGCGGGUGGCGCUGUGGGUUAAACCACAGAGCCUAGGACUUGCCGAUCAGAAGGUCGGUGGUUCAAAUCCCCGCUACGGGGUGAGCUCCCGUUGCUCGGUCCCUGCUCCUGCCCACCUAGCAGUUUGAAAGCACGUCAAAGUGCAAGUAGAUAAAUAGGUACCGCUCCGGCGAUAAGGUAAACGGUGUUUCCGUGUGCUGCUCUGGUUCGCCAGAAGCGGCUUAGUCCUGCUGGCCACAUGACCCGGAAGCUGUACGCCGUCUCCCUUGGCCAAUAAAGCGAGAUGAUUGCCGCAACCCCAGAGUCAGCCACGACUGGACCUAAUGGUCAGGGGUCCCUUUACCUUUUUAUUCCUUUAUUGCAGCCCAUGAUAUAGGCUUCCCUGCCUCAAAUAAUGCUCUUCUCUUCUCCCUGCAGGAUCUUCAUGUCUAUAUAUCAGAGCAUGAGCACUUUACAGAUUUCAACGCUACCUCUGCGUUGUUUUGGGAGCAGCGGGAUCUUGUCUACGGGGACUGGACCAGUGGCGAGAAUUCCGACGGGUGCUAUGAACACUACGGAGAGUUAGAUAUUCCGGAGGUGCGUGAGCAACGCAUGUCACUGGCCAGCUGUUCUCCAGCUGCACUCAAGCCAAGCCCCCUGCUGCAGACCUCACUUUUCUCCCUACUUGUCUGCAGUGGGCUGCCUGUACUUAAGGGGGCUCUCCAUCUCCAGACUCCAAAAGCAAAACUCCUUUAAGAAAUACAUUGUCUGGACUGGACUAGGAAGCAUCUCCUCUUCCAUGUUAGAGGCAAUAGUUCCUCUACGUUAACAAGAGAUUAUAGAGCUAAGAGGGACGCGGGUGGCGCUGUGGGUUAAACCACAGAGCCUAGGGCUUGCCAAUCAGAAGGUCGGCAGUUCAAUUCCCCGUGACAAGGUGAGCUCCCGUUGCUCGGUCCCUGUUCCUGCCAACCUAGCAGCUCGAAAGCACGAAGUGCAAGUAGAUAAAUAGGUACCGCUUCAGUGGGAAAGUAAACGGGGUUUCCGUGCGCUGCUCUGGUUCGCCAGAAGCGGCUUAGUCAUGCUGGCCACAUGAACCGGAAGCUGUACUCCGGCUCCCUCGGCCGAUAAAGUGAGAUGAGCGCCGCAACCCCAGAGUCGUCCACGACUGGACCUAAUGGUCAGGGGUCCCUUUACCUUUACCUAUAGAGCUAAGAGAGAGAGACUGGUGUGACCCACUGUCUGAAUGUCCAGUACUGAUUUAAACGCCAUUAGUGGUGAUGAUCCUUUAUGAAUGCAAAUAGGGGCAUCACUCCAUUCUAGCACCUCAGAAGUCUUACCCAAGCCCCUAGCCCAAGUGUGGGGAAACCUUAUGCCUGCCACAUGUUAUAAACUACAAGUCCCAUCAGGCCCAGGAGCCGUGGCCAAGGAGGAUGGGAGUUGUAGUUCUGGAACAACUGGAGCACCAGAGGUUCCCCACAUCUGACUGGCUCUGGCAAUUUGAAUGGUGAAGCCCUCUUGGAAGACAAGGAAGCAGGACAGGAUGGGUCUGGGGGAAGCUUUCUGUCUUUGGCCUUUUAAAAUGCUAGGUGCUCAGAGAAGGCUUGGAAGGGCUAGGGGGACAAAGCGGGGAAGGAAGGAGACACCAAAGCUACUGUUUGACAUUUUAAGGCAGAGGAUCCUUAACAUUAGGAGGGAGCUUGUGUUUUUAUAUUUUGCUGGAAGCCUCCCAGAGUGCCUGCAGCAACCCAGUCAGGGUUUAUGGGCAACAUAAAACUAUUAAACUAUUAGUAUUAGUCCAACAGCUGUGGCUUCCUUGAUCACUUCCUUGCUGUGUUGCAUUCCCCGCCCCCCCCAAUGUUUCAGUAAAAUGGAUGAGGCCAGUAGUCCUAUUGCGUUGGUUGUUUUUUCCCCCAGAGCGUUCAGCACAACGGCUCCAUGUACAUCCACGUGUAUUUUACGAAGAGCGGGUUCCACCCCGAUCCGAAACAGAAGAACCUGUACAGGCGACUCGCCACGGUCCACACGUCUCGAAGUAAGCCUUCCCCCCGUCCCUCUCUUUUUGCCGGGAGGCUGCAGCCGAUGGUUGUGGGUAGAGAUGUCUGCACUCAGCACUGUUCUCCCCCCUUCCCCCAGGGCACCUAGUUCCUCGCCUUCUUGUCACAUCCUGCCACUUGCCCCACUGAGGCCCCCAUUCCCAAUUCCAGUAAGUGAUGCAUUUCCUCUCUCUCUCAUCUCUCUCUCUCUUUCUCUCUCUCUCUCUCUCUUUCUUUCCCUCCGACCAUCCUGGAGCGAUGAUAGGGGCUUGAGUGCUACUGGGGCUGCCUUGUCCUUUAUGUGGCUGGUGCAUUUCUGUGCAGUCAACACGGUGAUGUUUGACGGGGAACUGCAAACCUGCAAACAUCUUUGGUAGCCACAUGGUAGGAAGCUGCAGCGAGUUGCAGAUUCCCAGUGCAUAUUUGCUGUGAUAAUGGAUUGGGGGGAGUUUCCCUCUCCCCACGCCGGAAUUCAGUAUGGUUCGUGAUGUGUGUUCUCUCAUAUUUGAGCACGCAUUUCGGUAUAUUUUCGUUCAGUGGUUGGAGCCCUAUGGAAAGGCCGCUGGCUUUCAGCAAAGCAGUGCGUGUGUGUGUGUGUGUGUUGUAACAUCUGGAAAAGGCAUGGGGGGUAUUUGAACCCAUGAGCAAGAGCCUAUAUUUUGCAGGGGCAAUUCUUACUGGAACUUUCCAAAUCUUGUAUAAAUUCAAGUGCUAAGUGCAGCACUGAGCAUGUUCCGUACCCCUAAAAGUCUGCAUCUGAAAACCGAAAAUUCUGAGCUGAUAGUUAGUUUUGCAGGUCCUAUGCUAUAUAUUGCUUGGGGGGGGGGGAUAAUCUGUAAAUGUCCUGCCAACUCACCUUUUGUUUUUGUGGUACCACUCUGGGACAGAAUAGUAGUGAUGGGAAGGAGAGCGAAGGAACCAAGCAAGUAAUUGAUAUUAUACACCCAUAAAAAUAGAAAAGCAUAACUGCGUUGGACUUGUUCCUUCUCCUUUUUGGCAUAUGUGUAUUUGCAGAGAGGGAUUUGCUGCUGCUGCUUUUUUUUUUUGCUAUAUUCUUGCAACUGUGCAAGAGUAUAUGAGGAACAUCCCCUCCUCUGCAUCAGAGGCCCUUCUCUGCGUGCCCUACCUGAGGGUGGAGUGGGAAGUGGCUGCGUGAGUGCAGGCCUUUUCAGUGGUGGCCCCCUGUCUGUGGAAUUCUCUCCCCAGGGAGAUGUGCCCAGCCCCAUCAUUGUCACUUGUUAAGUGCCAGGCUAAGACAUUUUCGCUCACUCAGGCCUUUGGUAAUUGCCUCCUUCAGUGGUGUUCAUAUUUUACUGAGGUGCACGGGACUUGUCCUAGCAUAUUGCUGGAUGAGCCUUUUAUGCAUUGUUCAUCGUUUUAAGGUCUUUAUUUAUUGCACUUGUUUUACUUUAGGAUUUUUUUUCUUUUGUACAAAGUGACUGGCAAAUGUAGUAAAUAAUAACAACAACAACAACCAUGAGCGAUAGAAACCGAGGUUGAAACGUGCUUGUAGUUCUCAGGUUCAGGAUAAUGCUGCUGUCUAGCUUUACCUGCCAGUAGUGUUUUGCGUCUGCUUACCUUUCCUUCCCCUUUUUCCUUUGCAGUGAUAAAUAAGUAUAAGCGCAGACGGUUCCAGAAAACCAAGAAUCUGCUCACGGGGGAGACAGAAGCGGAUCCUGAAAUGAUAAAAGUAACAAUUACUUCUUAUCUCAGACCCCCUGCAUAUAGCCCUCCCCUCCCCAUCCUUCUUUACCUGUCAAGGUCACAGGUUCCCCCCCCCCCUUCCCAGUGGGCACAGUCCCACGGGGCUUCUGGCUAGCACACCUCCAUUCUUUCUGUCCCCAUAAUUCAUCCUUCCCGGAUUGUGAGGUUGGCAGCCCAUGGCUCUCUGGCAGAGCUGAGCCUCUGACAAAUCGACACUGGUGGCCAAAUCACUAUGCUUAAUGUUGCAGAACUAUUUUCAUCAUUCCUUUCAGUUCCUCACUUCAUAAUACGCCGAAGCCCUCCACCUGCCGUCUUUCUUCUGAAGUGGGGGGCGGGAAAUUCCAUGAACCGUUCUCGUGUAUUUAUAGUGCUGGAAAGAUAAUAUUGGGCAGGGUGGGGUGACAUGAAGGCAGGGAGGAAAUCUAUUACAAACCGCUACAGUAAAAGCCUGGGUUUUUAUUGAAACGCUUGGUCUGGAAAAGAGCUCUUUGCAAACUGAGGUUUUGUGGUUCAUGCUGGGGGGAAAUGUUUUAAGUGAUGAGUUGAGGCUUGCCUGUGGUCUGCCCAGAAGCAUCUGGCUGCACGCUGUUGGGAACAGGAUGCUGGGCUAGAUGAAUUCUUACGUAAUGGGGGGGGGGAGAGAACGCCUUUGGGGCUGAUUUUGGCUCCCUGCCAUCCAGAUACAGCCUUUGGGGGGUUUUGGCAAAUGAGCGAGAGCGCUAUAUUUAAGCCUCACUUCCUGCGUGCAGCCGACAUUAUAAUUUGUGGGGACUCUCCUAGCCCAGCCUCCACCAACCCUGUUCAAAAUAAAGCUUUGCUGCUCACACCUGUGUCGCUUUGAAUAGAGUGAGUGCUGAGACCCCUCCAGCUGCCAGUUACAAGGGCUGGGCUGUGCCUAAGGCUAGCUAGAGGCCUUUGUCAAGCAUGUUGGCUUCUUCUGCAAGCCCGUGGCUUCUGAUACAGCUAAUUAGAGGGCCUCUUCCUUGGCAUCUCUAAACAUUUUCCAGGCUGCGGCAGCAAGCAGGAAUAGGAGCCGUCCCUUCUGACGGCAUAAGGGUCAAAAUUGCUUUGAAAACCUUGACUGUAUGUAUCUGCAGCAGUCCUGCUGCUGGGUUUGAUGUGGAAACUGCUUGCAGUCCUUUACGCUUUUGUUGCAGAGAGCUGAAGAUUACGGCCCCGUGGAGGUGAUCUCACACUGGCACCCAAACCUCACCAUCAACAUUGUGGAUGACCACACACCAUGGGUAAAGGGCAGUGUUCCUCCGCCUCUGGACCAAUGUAAGGACAACAGAUAAUUAGCUCCUCAGGCCACUCGGGUCACAAUAUACAGUUGCAGCGGGGAGAGAAGAAAUAAAAGCAUGGCCAUGGCACGUUCCCUUUUGCACACGAGCUCAGGCUGAAACCGGCAGCCUGGAAAUUCCUUUCGGUGUGGAAAAAAAAAAGGGUCAGCUUUUGCAGCCUGCAUGGUUAAUUUGAAAAUCCAGGUUGUUGGGAAGUUUUCAGUUGUGCUAAUCUACCCCCCAAGCUUCAGUUUGGUUCUCUUUAUGGAUGUGUUGAGGGGAGAGGAGAGCCCGGAGACAGACGAAGCACGGAGAAAGGUGCACAAAAUUAUUUUGAAAGUGAUAUUUAAUGUGUAAGGAUAUUUGUGCAAACUGCCAGCUCAUUUGAAAGAACAUCAUGCCGUGGUGCAAUGCCGUUGUUGUGACAUCAUAAAUUUAUGAAAUUGUCAGCUGCGGGAGACACCUGGGGUGAAGGGCUGUGGGGUUCCUUUUCUGUGCCCCGCUGUGCCUCUGCGGCAUCCUGGUCCAGCUGCACAACAUGUCCCCCCUUUGGACUCUCUUUGUUUCAGAUGUGAAAUUUGACGCGGUGAGUGGCGACUACUACCCCAUCUUGUACUUCAACGAUUACUGGAACUUGCAGAAGGACUACUUCCCUAUCAACGAGACACUGGAGCGCCUUCCUUUCCGACUGUCCUUCUGCCCACUGUCACUGUGGCGAUGGCAGCUGUAUGCUGCCCAGAGCACUAAGUCCCCCUGGAACUUCCUGGGGGAGGACUUGUAUGAGCAGUCGGAUGAGGAGCAAGACUCCGUGAAGGUGAGCAGGGAGUGAUGGCAGCGAUGCCGUUUCUGGGGGCGGGGUAGGGGAGCUGGGGGGAAAUCUCACACCCCGCAACCAGCGCAUACCUUUGGUUUCAGAUAGUACAUGGGUAGAUGAGCCUACAAAGCUCAGGACACAAAUUGUCAUGGCCCUCUAUUAGCUGUGAUAGCUCGUUUACCAGAAGUAAUGUAUAGCCACUUCCGCCCUAUGUAGGAGGUGGGGUUGUGGGCUUCACGGCUCCACUACACGCUCAGUGGGUGGAGGCCAGCCCCCAUGCGAUUGGGGGGAUUCCCGGCCGCGUCACCCCUUGGCUGGCCAAUUGGCUGCUUCAGGGGCGUGGCCUGCCCUAUAAAGGCAGGACACUGCCAGGGAUCUCCCUCUUUGCCGCUCAUCAGCUGGUAUAGUUCUGUAGAUGGAAGAGGGGAGGUAGCGCCAUUACCUGCCCCGCAGAUUGAAGGGUAGUCCGGUAAAGGAUUCCGGGGGAGGGGCCUGUCCGAAGCCUAGGCAGGUGAGGACCUAAGGCACGCCCCUAACGGUGACCCCGGGGGAGUUCCUAGUUGAUGUACAUCAGCAGGACUCCCCCUACUGGUGGUUAACCCUUCCCGGACUUCAAGCGGACGGGCUGAAGUCUGAUAUAGUCAGUUAGGACCAAUGCCUAAGCCAGUACCGCUCAUCACCUGUAACCAAUAAAGUUGUGGCCUUUUUUAGCCCAUUAACCUUAAUAAUUGUGUCGUGUGUCAUUAUUUCCACCUUGGGGGGGGGGGGACGUGAACUCACCACACAGUUAGCAUUAACUCUGGAAAUGUAUACUCAAUUCAGAUCAAACUAAGCCUUCUACAACAGAAAAACAUCAGGAGGCUUCCUUUGGUCAGAAUUGAGUGUACAUUUCCAGAGUUAAUGGUAAAUACGUUACAUAUGACUGGCGUGCUUCUAAUUUUGUAUAUUUUGGGGGUGCCCUGGAAAUGCUGGUCUUCCUCAUACCCUCUUUCUCCUUUCUCCUAGGUUGCACUAUUAGAAACCAAUCCCUACCUUCUGGCGUUGACCAUUAUUGUUUCCAUUGUACAUAGCAUUUUCGAAUUCCUUGCUUUCAAAAAUGGUAGGUUCCAAAAUAUUUGAGCUGCUUCUCUUCUCUCUCCCCAACCCCCUUUCCCCCUCCUGCCUGUUUAAAGCCAGAAGGCGAAGGGGCGGGGGAGGAUGCCGCAAGGCUCUAGCGCAGCUGCCUGUCUUCCUCCUCAGUGCCUUCUGCGCUUCAAGUCAAAGCCACCUCUGGCCAGAUACCAGCCCACCCAACAGUACUGGAGGAUUGUGGGAGGCAGGUGGCGUUGUGGUCUAAACCACCGAGCCUCUUGGGCUUGCCGAUCAGAAGGUCAGCAGUUUGAAUCCCCGCAAUGGGGUGAGCUCCCAUUGCUCUGUCCCAGCUUCUGCCAACCUAGCAGUUCGAAAGCACACCAGCGCAAGUAGAUAAAUAGGUACCGCUGAGGUGGAAAGAUAAACGGCGUUUCUGUGCGCUCUGGCUUCCGUCACGGUGUUCAGUUGUGCCAGAAGUGGUUUAGUCAUGCUGGCCACAUGACCCGGAAAGCUGUCUGUGGACCAACCCUGGCUCUCUCAGCCUGAAAGCAAGAUGAGAGUCACAACCCAUAGUCACCUUUGACUGAACUUUAUCCAGGGGUCCUUUAUAUUUUUACCAUUUACUGGAGGGUUGGGAAGUAGCUCCAGUGAAAAACUGAAAAGCAUUCUUUUCCUUUUAAACCUCUUGUUUGUCAUCUUCCUUUUUAGAUAUUCAGUUCUGGAACAGCAGGCAGUCCCUAGAGGGGCUCUCUGUCCGCUCAGUAUUCUUUGGAGUAUUCCAGUCACUCGUGGUCCUUCUCUACAUCCUGGACAACGAAACUAACUUUGUGGUGCAAGUCAGCGUCUUCAUUGGGCUCCUGAUUGAUCUCUGGAAGAUCACAAAAGUUAUGGAUGUCAGGGUAAGAGCUGGACAAAGAGGGCAGUUAGUGCAUGAAGGUGUCUGCUCUCGUCUCAUCUCUCGUUUUGAUGACAUGACAUUAGGGUAGUUAAAACAAAACAAAAAAUAGGGAUGAGAUCCAAAAGGAUCUCUCCAAGCUGGGCAAAUGACCAGUAAAAUGGGAGGAUCACAGGGUGGUUUUUGGUAUUAAAAAAAAUGAGAAUAUGUAGCAUAAUAGCAAACAAAAUAGUAACAUGCAGUUUAAAAGGCCAUAGGCUGGCUAAUUGAACCAAGGCCUGGUUGAAGGGGAAUGUUUUCGCCUGGCACGUAAAGGAUACGUAGUGAAGGCACCAGGCAAGCCCCCAUGGGGAGAGCAUUCCAGAAACGGGGAGCCACUGCAGAGAAGGCCCCGUUCUCGUGUUGCCGCCCUCCGGACCUCUCGUGGCGGAGGCACACAAAGAAGGGCUUUGGAUGGUGAGCGCAGGGUCUGAGUCAGUUCAUAUGGGGAGAGUCGGUCCUUGAGCUAUUGUGGUCCUGUCUCAAUGUAAGCGAGUGUAAAAUAAUUGGGGCGAAAGAAACUAACUGAUUGGGCAUGAGCUGGCAGUGACUGACUAGGAAGAAAAAGCACUUGGGUAACUGCGCAAGCCCAGCCGUUCGGAACCAAAGAAAAGCCUCGCUUGAUCAACCCGGCAGCCCAUCUUCUCCAGAUCCAGUGGUCAACUAGAUUCCUCACAGGCCCAGAAACACGUACAUACCCUCUACCUUCCCAGAAACUGGUAUCCAGUGGCGUAGUGUCUCUGAACACUGAGAGUUCCAGGUGGCCAUUGCGACUUAAGAGCCAUUGAUAGCCCUGCCCUCCUCGAAUUCCCUGCAUCCCUUUUCGAAGCAGCCUGAGAACCAACUUCAGUACAUGUUAACUGCCUUGCGCAAAACAGUGUUUUAUUUCACCUGCCCUUGUGCUUUUUCUGUAUGAGGGCUCGAGAGUUAUUUAAAAAGACUCUUGGUAAUAGAACCAUCGCGUUAGUUUUUGUUGUUGUUGCUUCUGCAAGAUGCUUAGAACUCUGCGUAGACUUCUAGCUAUUUCAGAGAAAGCCAGGGAUCUGGGACAAUUUGAGUGUGAACAGGUUAAGCUGUUCCUGCCACAACCGCAUCACGUGGAGUUGGGUCAAAAAAGCAUUUGGGAAUCCUAGUUUCCUGCACAUCAGCAGGGCUGGGAUGAAGACACUUUUUGCCUCCCUUUGCAUCGUGGGCUUCACCUCAUUUGCUUCAAGUCCGCUGGAUUCCCUUCCCUUGAUGUCUGUCUCUUAACGCCUUUCCUCUCUCUGCUCUUUCCUCCCUCGGAUAAUGCUGCAACAGCUGGAUCGGGAAAACAAAAUUGCCGGGAUCCUCCCACGCUUGACUUUCAAAGACAAAUCGACGUACAUCGAAUCGUCUACCAAAGUCUAUGAUGACGUGAGUUUAGUGACUGCUCUAGGAGAGGGUCCUCUCCAGAUACUAUGGGGAGGGGAGCUAUUUUCCAUGGUGGUGAUUUGUACAAGUGCAUACCGGCUAGGGAAUUGGUUGUUGUCAUUAUGAAGGGGACACUUUGUUUUUCUCAGCUUCUUUUUGUUACAGCAAAGCUAAUGCUAGCUAAUGCUUUUUUAGCUACUGAAUCCUCAGAGAAAGUAAAUUAAAAGUCUUGAGGCCUGGUUGGAGGGGGGUGACUACACAGGUUUUUGGGUAACCUAACCUGUCCCCUUCAUUUACUAUUAUUAUUGUUGUUAGUUAGUUACCCUAAGGGAUGUGGGUAGCGUUGUGGUUGAAACCACUGAGCCUCUUGGACUUGCCGAUCAGAAGGUCAUUGGUUCGAAUCCCCGCAACAGGGUGAGCUUCCGUUGCUCUGUCCCUGCUCCUGCCAACCUAGCAGUUCGAAAGCACACCGGUCCAAGUAGAUAAAUAGGUACUGCUGCAGCAGGAAGGUAAAUGGCGUUUCCGUGCGCUCUGGCUUCCAUCACGGUGUCCCGUUGCGCCAGAAGCGGCUUAGUCAUGCUGGGCACAUGAUCUGGAAAAGUUGCCUGUGGACAAACACCGGUUCUCUUGCCCAAAAGCGAGAUGAGCGCCGCAACCCCACAGUUGCCUUUGACUGGACUUAACCGUCCAGGGGCCCUUUACUUUUAUCUUUUUUUACCCGGGGCAAACGGCAGAAAUCUAAAAUGCAACUUUGAAAACAGACUAAAAUGCUUAGUUACAACAAAUUCAACCAAAAAACAACAACACAUCACACCUGCACAUGUGGGUGGCUAGUCAGGCACCUCUGGAUCGCCCUCCGUUUCUAAUUUUCCCAAUUGUGGACUUUGCUAUUCCUUCUGAACUUGUCUCGAUUUGUUCACCUCUGCAGAUGGCUUUCCGGUAUCUCUCCUGGAUCCUCUUCCCCCUCCUGGGUUGCUACGCUGUUUACAGCCUCCUCUACAUGGAGCACAAGGGCUGGUAUUCCUGGGUUCUCAGCAUGCUCUAUGGGUUCCUGCUGACUUUCGGUGAGUAAUGGGAGGAUUCCUAAAGCAGCGUUCUGUGUGGCACGGCAGCUUGCAUCUCCCCACAUACGGAACAGGGCAGCUCCAUUUGAAUUGUGUUCUCUUCGCCCAUUAACCCAGGGUUGCCCCAGACUCCAAAGCUUUCUCUCUCUUUUUGAUAAGCAGAAAAAGCAAAUCUCUAGUUAUUCUGGAAAGAAAGUUAUGGGGCAAAAUUCGCAGGAACUUCCUAAGCAAUUUCGAAGAAAUUUCCUUUCCUUUCCAUUUUAAAUUGCAUCCCGCCUUUCUAUAUUACUAUGCACAAGGCGGUUUACGGUUUCUUUGUUGAAGAAACAACAAAGACCGUGCACCUUGUAACAAUCUGAUCCAAUGCAAAAAUGUCAUAAUAAAAACUUGAUUUUAAAAUAAGCCACUUAUAUUAAAUAAAGUAACAUUCAAUAAUCCAUUAGGAUAUAAUAAAGUAAAGGUAAAGGGACCCCUGACCAUUAGGUCCAGUCGUGACCGACUCUGGGGUUGCGGCGCUCAUCUCGCUUUAUUGGCCGAGGGAGCCAGCGUACAGCUUCUGUAUCAUGUGGCCAGCAUGACUAAGCCGCUUCUGGCAAACCAGAGCAGCGCACGGAAACGCCGUUUACCUUCCCGCCGGAGCGGUACCUAUUUAUCUACUUGCACUUUGAGGUUCUUCCGAACUGCUAGGUUGGCAGGAGCAGGGACCGAGCAACGGGAGCUCACCCCGUCGCGGGGAUUCGAACUGCCAACCUUCAGAUCGGCAAGUCCUAGGCUCUGUGGUUUAACCCACAGCGCCACCCGCGUCCCAUUAGGAUAUAAUAGUACACAAUAAAAUUAAAGGUCAGCAAAUAAGAAUUAAACAAGAAUUCAAUCUUUGCAAGUACAAUAAAUAAUUUCUAAACUAUAAUCAAUAAAAAAUAACAGAAAUGAGAGUGGGGGUGGUUUGGCUACCUUGUAUAUUUUUCCUGGUACUGAGGAAUGUUCCCUGUGCCUAUUAGACAGCAACAGAAUCAGCCGCUGUGUGUGUGUGUGUGUAAUCAAUAUUGUUUGAUCUCCACAAUCUGGACCAUAGCUGUCAACUUUUCCCUUUUCUUGCGAGAAAUCCUAUUCGGAAUAAGGAAUUUCCCUUUAAAAAAGGGAAACGUUAACAGCUAUGAUCUGGAGCAGCAGGGCAUAGCUGACUUCCCCUGGUAAGCAACAGAUUCCUGGGGAUGGCCGUGUCUCUAAUUUUGUGUUUUGUCAUUCACCCCACCCCAGGACACUCUCAAUACUUGGAAGUGCACCCACUGGUCAGAAAAGGUUGCUGACUUCUGCGUUAACUAAUCCAGCCUUGACUUUUUCUUUUCCUGCCUGCCUUUGCCCUGUCCCCCCUCCCAGGCUUCAUCACCAUGACGCCUCAGCUGUUCAUCAACUACAAGCUGAAGUCUGUUGCUCACCUGCCCUGGCGGAUGCUCACCUACAAAGCCCUCAACACCUUCAUCGACGACCUGUUUGCCUUCGUCAUCAAAAUGCCCAUGAUGUACAGAAUAGGUUGCCUUCGAGACGGUAAUUUCUCUCCCUCCUGCAUCUCAUUGUAUUCUCCCACCCCGCCUCCUGUGUAUCUCAGGGGGGCUUUUUCUAUGACCGCCCACCCCGAACCAAUGAUAUCUCAGUUGGUAGAGCGUGAGAACCUUAAUCUCAGGAUCAUGGAUUCGUGCCCCAGAUUGGGCAAAAGAUUCCUGCGUUGCAGGGCGUUGGGCUGGAUGACCCUGGUGGUCCCUUCCAGCUGUACAAUUCUGUGAUUCUGUUGAGUGUUUUCUAGACAAUGUGUAGACUAAUAAUAAUAAUGAUUUAUUAUUUGUACCCCGCCCAUCUGGCUGGGUUUCCCCAGUCACUCUGGGCUGCUUCCAACAAAGAUUAAAAAUACAUUAAAAUAUCACACAUUAAAAACAUCCCUAAACAGGGCUGCCUUCAGAUGUCUUCUAAAUGUCAGGUAGUUGUUUAUCUCUUUGACAUCUGAUGGGAGGGCGUUCCACAGGGCGGGCGCCACUACCGAGAAGGCCCUCUGCCUGCUUCCCUGUAGCUUUGCUUCUUGCAGGGAGGGAACUGCCAGAAGGCCAUCGGAGCUGGACCUCAGCAUCCGGGCAGAACAAUGGGGGUGGAGACGCUCCUGGGGGUGGAGAGUCAGUGUGGUGUAGUGGUUAAGAGCGGUAGACUUGUAAUCUGGGGAACCAGGUUCGCGUCUCCACUCCUCCACAUGCAGCUGCUGGGUGACCUUGGGCCAGUCACACUUCUCUGAAGUCUCACAGCCCCACUAACCUCACAGAGUGUUUGUUGUGGGGGAGGAAGAGAAAGGAGAAUGUUAGCCGCUUUGAGACUCCUUCAGGUAGUGAUAAAGCGGGAUAUCAAAUCCAAACUACUCCUCCUCCUCCUCUUCUUCUUCUUCUUCUUCUUCUUCUUCUUCUUCUUCUUCAGGUAUACUGGGCCCUUGAGGCCGUUUAGGGCUUUAAAAGUCAGCACCAACACUUUGAAUUGUGCUCGGAAACGUACUGGGAGCCAGUGUAGGUCUUUCAAGGCUGGUGUUAUACGGUCUCGGCGGCCGCUCCCAGUCACCAGUCUAGCUGCCACAUUCUGGAUUACCGUAUUUUUCGCUCCAUUGGACGCACCGGACCAUAGGACGCACCGGACCAUAGGAGGGGGAGAACAGGGAAAAAAAUUUUUUUCUUGUUCUCCCCCUCUAAAACAAGGUGCGUUCAAGGUACAUUCACCAGAGCUUGUGGGGCUGGCGGUGGGGGGAAGCGCUGCUUUACCCCACCGCCAGCCUCAAAGAUCCCUGAAGCCUUUGGAGCGCAGCGCCCCGCUGCCCUGCAGAGGUGUGCGCAGCCGUCCCCAAGCUAGAGCAGCGAAACGGAGCCCUCCGUCUCGUUGUUCUGGUUUGGGAACAGCCUUCUUAGCUUCUGCAGGACAGCGGGGUGAAGGCACUCCGCUGCCCUGCAGAGGUUUGCGCGCAGCCGUCCCCAAGCUAGAGCAGGCGAGCCCCGAGCUGGAGCAGCUCGCGCAGCGCAGUGCGUCGCGUCUUCCUGUUCUGGCUUUGGGCUUAGCGGCGCAGCCUGCAUUCGCGCUAUAGGACCCACACACAUUUCCCCUUAAUUUUUGGAGAGGGAAAUGUGCGUCCUAUAGAAUGAAAGAAAAAGUAGUUGUAGUUUCUGGGUCACCUUCAAAGCUAGCCCCACGUAGAGCGCAUUGCAGUAGUCCAAGCGAGAGAUAACUAGAGCAUGCACCACUCUAGCGAGACAGUCUGUGGGUAGGUAGGGUCUCAGCCUGUGUUCCAGAUGGAGCUGGUAAACAGCUGCCCUAUGCAUACAGGUUCCUGAGUGUUUUUAUUUAUAUGUAUUUUUAUAUAUAUUUAUAUAUAUGGAAAUGUUAAAUAUAUGUGCCAAACGGGCUUCUAAGAGGUCUGAGAUAGCUCAGUCGGUAGAGCAUGAGCCUCUUAAUCCCGGUCGUGGGCAAAAGAUUCCUGCAUUACAGGGGGUUGGACUAGAUGAUCCUGGUGGUCCCUUCCAACUCUACAAUUCUGUGAUCCUUGGACAAAUCUAUGGAAAACUCUGAGCCAAAGGGCCCCUCUCUCUCCUACCCUGUUGUAACGCCUGGCCUUUCCUCCUCCUUCUCCCGCAGAUGUCGUUUUCUUCAUUUACCUCUACCAGCGGUGGAUCUACCGGGUGGAUCCGACCCGCGUCAACGAGUUCGGAAUCAGCGGGGAGGACCAAGUAUCUCGGACCGCGACGCCGAGCGUUGCUCAGCAGGACGGUGGCCCUGCAGUGCUGGCCAACAGGGCCGUCAGGGCGGUAACGGAGGGCCCGGCAAACGGUGCCCCCGCAGCAGCGACGGAGAGAGGAGCCGCCGACAUUCCCGCAGCCACCUCGGCGCGCUUGCCAGACGGCGCGGCCGAAGCACUCCCUUCGAAAACGGCGGAGGAGAAGAAGAAAGAUUAA